AUGAGGAGAGAUAAUGAGAGUACAGUGUCUGAGUUCAUCCUCCUGGGGCUCCCCAUUCGAGCAGAGGACCAAGCUGUGUACUCUGCCCUGAUCCUGGUCAUGUACCUGACAACUGUGCUGGGGAACCUGCUCAUCAUCCUGCUCAUCAGGCUGGACUCUCACCUCCACACCCCCAUGUACUUCUUCCUCAGCCACUUGGCCUUCACAGACAUGUCUUUCUCCUCAGUCACAGCUCCAAAAAUGGUCAUGAAUAUGCUAACACGAAGUCAGUCCAUCUCAUAUGCUGGCUGCAUUACCCAGGUAUAUUUCUUUUCAUAUUUUGGUGAUCUCGAGAGCUUUCUUCUGACUUCAAUGGCCUAUGACAGGUAUGUGGCCAUCUGCCACCCUCUGCACUAUUCACAAAUUAUGAGUGGGAACCUCUGUGUUCUUCUAGUAGUAAUAUCCAUGGCCUCAUCUACUGCCAAUUCCCUUGUUCACACUCUACUCUUGAUGAAGAGAAUGGAGAAGGAUAAUGAGAGCACUGUGUCUGAGUUCAUCCUCCUGGGGCUCCCCAUUCGAGCAGAGUAUCGAGGCCUGUACUCUGCCCUGUUCCUGGCCAUGUACCUGACAACUGUGCUGGGGAACCUGCUCAUCAUCCUGCUCAUCAGGCUGGACUCUCACCUCCACACCCCCAUGUACUUCUUCCUCAGUCACUUGGCCUUCACAGACAUCUCUUUCUCAUCAGUUACAGCUCCAAAGAUGCUCAUAAAUAUGCUGACACACAGUCAGUCCAUCUCAUAUUCUGGCUGCGUUUCCCAGGUAUAUUUUUACAUAUUUUUUGGUGAUCUUGACAGCUUUCUUCUGACCUCCAUGGCCUAUGACAGGUAUGUGGCCAUCUGCCACCCUCUGCACUAUACCAGCAUCAUGAGUCAGACCCUCUGUGUUCUUCUAUUAGUUGUGUCCUGGGCCUUAUCUACUGCCAAUUCCCUUGUGCACACCCUUCUCUUGGCUCGCCUAUCUCACUUCAGAAACAAUACCAUCCCCCACUAUUUCUGUGACCUCUCUGCCUUGCUGAAGCUGUCUAGCUCAGACAUCACCAUUAAUAAGAUGGUCAUACUUCCUUUAGGUACUGUGGUCAUUACCUUACCGUUCAUAUGCAUUCUGGUCUCUUAUGGCUGCAUAGGGGUCACCAUUAUGAAAAUUCCCUCUAUCAAGGGAAUCUGCAAAGCCUUGUCCACAUGUGGCUCUCAUCUCUGUGUGGUUUCUUUGUACUAUGGUGCCAUCAUUGGACUAUAUUUUGUUCCCUCAUCUAAUAACACUAAUGACCAAGAUGCAAUUGUAGCUGUGAUGUACACUGUGGUCAUACCCAUGCUGAAUCCCUUUAUUUAUAGUCUGAGGAAUCAGGAAAUGAUAAGAGCACUGAAAAAUAUUCUCAGCAGAAGACUGUGUUCACAGUGA